CCCCCGCUCAGUCUCCGCCUCGCUGCCUCCGGAGGCUCCGGCCCUGGGAAAGGCGGCCAAGGAGCGGCCAGAGGCGAGCGGUUGGCGGCGGUGGUCCCGGCGCCAGCAGCGCGCAGCCAUGGCCGGGGCGCGCCCGGGGGUGCACGCGCUUCAGCUGGAGCCCCUCCGCGUGCCGGAGACCCUCAUCAAGGGGAGCAAGUUCAUGAAGUGGGACGAGCUCCAGCCCGGCAUAGCCUUACCGAGCCCACAGGAAUUAUUGGGGCGCAUUCUGGUGAAAAACAAGAAACGCCGGCCUCACAUCAAGGUGGCGGAAGGCAGCAUUCGCAAACGGGUUCUAGAGCAGACGCACAGCUCCUUCAGCGACUCUUCCGGGGUGGGCGAGCCGGGUUCUCCUGCCCUGGGCUCUCCCUUCGCCGAGCCCCCGGAAAUCCUUGCCUCCAUCCUGACCAACGGGGAGGAAAAGGCCUCAGACAGAAUGGCGAAGCUGGGGGAACCCCGCAAAUCUAUUGACCGGGAAGCCGAAAGCGAGGAGGAGGAAGAGCUGCAAGACCCCAAAAAGCUGACAACCGACGAGGGCACCGCCAGCAGCGAAGUGAAUGCCACAGAGGAGAUGUCAACGUUGGUCAAUUACAUCGAGCCGGUCAAGUUCAAGUCCUUCGAGGUGGCCAGCAAGCGCAACAAAUCUUUCGAAAUGUCUUCCUUCGUGGAGACCAAAGGCUUGGAGCAGCUGACAAACAGCCCCAUGGAGUUUGUUGAAUACAACAAGAAACAGCUGAGCCGAAUUUACCCCAAAGGGACACGCGUGGAUUCAUCCAACUACAUGCCACAGCUCUUCUGGAACGCCGGCUGUCAGAUGGUGGCCCUCAAUUUUCAAUCCCUGGAUUUGCCAAUGCAGCUUAACCUGGGCAUCUUUGAGUACAAUCGCCGGACUGGCUACUUGCUCAAGCCCGAGUUCAUGCGACGGUCGGACAAGCUUUUCGACCCUUUCACCGAAGAUAUUGUUGACGGCAUCGUGGCGAACACCGUCAGAGUGAAGAUCAUAUCCGGACAGUUUCUCUCCGAUAAGAGGAUCGGCAUUUACGUCGAAGUAGACAUGUUCGGGCUGCCAGUCGACACCAAGCGCAAAUUUCGCACUCGGACCUCGCAGGGCAACUCCUUCAACCCCGUGUGGGACGAGGAGCCCUUCGUCUUCCAGAAGGUCGUGCUGCCAACCCUCGCCUCGCUGCGCAUCGCGGUUUUUGAGGAGGGCGGCAAAUUUGUGGGCCAUCGGAUUUUGCCCGUCUCCGCCAUCCGGGCGGGGUACCACUAUAUUUGUCUCCGCAACGAAAGCAACCAGCCUCUCUGUCUCCCAGCCUUGUUGGUCUACACAGAAGCGUGUGAUUAUAUUCCGGAUGAUCAUCAAACUUACGCCGAUGCGUUAAUUAACCCAAUUAAGCACAUCAGCUUAAUGGAUCAACGAGCCAAGCAGCUGGCCGCCCUGAUGGGGUUGAGUGAGGAGAACAUGGAGAGGCCGAAGGAAUCCCUGUUGCGGACUUCCUCUUCCAAGACCCCGGGGCCGUCCCGGGAGGUCCAGAAACCCCUCCCGGAUGUGCUGCCCCCAACCCGGACUCCCAGUAUCGUUCCCAGUCAAGUGCAGAGAGAUGACUUGAUCGCUAGCGUCCUGGCAGAGGUCUCUCCACCUUCCGUGGAAGAACUGAGGCAGCAAAAGGCUUUUGCGAAGUUGCUGAAGAAGCAGUAUCGGGAACUGAAGGAGCUUCGUCGCAAGCACAUGAAAAAAAUUUGCAGCCUCAAUAAAAAGCAGAACGCCCAGCUAACAUUGGAAAGAAGCCGCCUGCGUAGCCGGGAAGGACGUUUCGCUUUUCAUCCAAGAAGCUUCUUCGGGAGCAAACAGCCAGUUUCGCUUUCAGUUUCAGCACCGGCCUCCCAACAAUCAGCUGUUUCAGGCUGCAAGGAUUGCUAUAGACUAUUGCAGCCUCCGGAAGCCCCAUUUCCCCCUUUUGCUGCAAGGAGGUCUCAAAGCUCUUUAGAGGGAGCUCGGCAAGGACAGGACCACGAAGAAACUCAACGGAAGAUGGACCUCCAGGAAUGGCAGCUGCAGGGCCUGCUACGACUCCGCGAGGCUCAGCACCAGCUGGAGAGGGAGCUGAAGCGAGAACACCUGCGCCAGGCCCAGCAGCGCUUAAGAGAAAUUGCCCAGGAUUAUCAGACAGCCCAACUGAAGAAACUGAAAGAAACGGGCGAGAAAGAGAAGAAAGAACUGCAGAAAAUCCUGGAUCGGAAACGUCACAACAGCAUCACGGAAGCCAAAUCUCGCGAGAGGAGCAAAAAAGAUGUGGAAUUAACCGAGAUAAACAGAAGGCAUAUCACGGAGUCCGUAAACUCCAUUCGGAGACUUGAAGAGGCCCAGAAACGACGCCAGGAGAAGCUACUUUUGGGGUACCAGGAAGUGGUGCAGUUGAUUGAGGAUGAAGAGCCACGGUUGAUAGCCCAGCUGGAACAAGAGUGGCAGCUGGAGGGCUCCUUCCUGACGCAAGAAAUCGGCCGAUUCCUGCAGGAAGAACUCGACGGGGGGGUCAGCAACGGGCACCCCCACGGCACCAGCGUCAGUUCCUUGCCCCCCGAAGAGGAGUUGACGGUCCUGUGAAUCCCGACGGAGAACGAGGGACGUUCCCGAAGGCCAACGAGAAGCACGGGGAAGGGGGGGGGCAAGCACGUUUGCAUGUUAAACACGCCCCACGUGGGGAGGGGAGGGGGCAGGGCGGGGCCGAAAAACACACUAAAGGCACUUCUGUGUUUCCUUAUUUUUUCUCUCUUUGUUUUUUAAAGUUUUAUUUUUUUAACUUUGUGGGGGUUUUAUUUUUUUAAUUUUAAACUGCUAACUUGUGAUGUGUCUCCCUCCCGCUUCUCUGUGGUGGAUUGAGACUGGAGAAAGACUCGGGGAAGGUGGGGGUGGGGGCAACAGUUGGACCAUCCACUCCCCCCUCCCUUCUAAAAAGUAUCCACGCACCCACCCACCCACCCACCCGUGCCCACGUAAUAUGCACGCCGUGAUGCCAGUGGGAAAAUAUGCACGCUGCUCGUCCCCCGUGUCCUUUUGAAUGCACAAUUAGAGAUAAGGGCAAUUAUUUUUUUUUACUUGGGAGGGGGGUGCAAAGGGCUAUUUUAAAUGCACCCCCCCCUUUUUCUUUUUCCUUCUUUUUUUUAAAAGCUUGAGAAAGAAAGAAAAAAAGGGAAAUGUCCUUUUUUCCGUCUUCCCUGCAGCUGGAAGGGCUUUGCCAGCUGCAUGGGAGGGGUGGGGUGGGGCAGAGGAUACCCAGAGGAGGGAGGAGCAAUGGGUUGGGUGGAAGGCUGUCCGGGACGGUGAGGGAAAAGGGACAAAAAGGUUAAAAAAUGUAGGCAGGUCGGUCCCUCCGUCGCUGCUUUCGGGAUGGGUCCAAAGAAGAAGGUCGUUCGCCGUCCACUCCGCCUUGUCUCUUUUUUUCUCCAGAAUGGCAUUCUUUGCUGUUGUUUCUCUGUCUUUUUAUUUUAUUUUGUUUUUUAAACGUUGAGUAAUAAACUUGUAAUUCAGAGG